CAGGCAACGCUGUAAAAUUGGGGGUAGUACCGUACUUUCAACUGUGAUAAACCCUCCAAAGUCCCAACAGAUUCAGAGCUACUGAACUAAAAAUUAAGAACAAAGGAAGUAGGGUUUUUGCAGGAUUUCAUCUUCGUCUACCUCAAUAAGAUGCAAUCCCUAAUUAGGACAGUUCGAUCGAAAUGCAGAUUAACCUCGGAUUUCGCCCCUUCCAACAUUCGGAGCUUCGGUUCUCUCUCCUCCAUUGUUUCGGGAAGGGAACUUGGCCAUGAGUGUGCUUCAAAACAUGGAUUUGCUGCACCUUCGUUUGCAUUCUUCAGCAGAAGUGCAAAGUUUGGUGCCAUUCAGGAGGGUGCUUUCUCUGAGAGAUUUUUUCACAGGUGCUUCUCUACUGCUGGUACUCCUGCAGCAUCAAUCACACAGGAUACUACAGCUCCUGAAACUGAUGUGCCUGCUCGCAUAAAAUUUAAGAGGCUUGAUAAAACAGCUAGGCACAUGAUGCAGAUUCUGGAUAAAGAAGCAGUUGAGGAGGUAAAGGGACAGAGAGAAAUUCCUGAUAUCAAGCCAGGUUAUAUCAUCCAGCUCAAAUUGGAAGUUCCUGAGAACAAACGACGUAUUACUACAAUAAAAGGCAUUGUUAUAGCAAGGCGGAAUGCAGGAUUAAACUCAACAUUUAGAAUAAGGAGACUAGUUGCUGGAGUUGGGGUUGAGAGUCUUCUUCCAAUGUACUCGCCUAACAUAAAGGAGAUUAAAGUGCUGGAUAAGAAGAAAGUGAGAAGAGCCAAAUUAUACUAUCUUAGGGAAAAGAUGAACCCCCUAAAGAAGUAGGAUCCCGACUUUGUUUCAAUUGUACGGAGAUCAAAUUAUUUGCCACCUAAGAGGGAAAAAAACAGGGUUCUUCAUAAAGAUCUGCUAACAACCCUGCACUAUAAGUUCUGUGGAACCAAUGAUAGCUGGGCUGUGGCCAUUACAGGGUGGCAAUGCAGAUCGUUUUUGUGAACAGAUCCAAAACCAAUCUAAUGUAUGUCCAGAAUUCAUUUUGUGUAACUCUUAAUGCUUAAAAUAGUGCAAUGGUAUAUCGAGGUUUAGCAAUGUGGAUAACAGGUAGUCAAAUGGCAUUAAGCUGCCAGAGUAAUAAAUCCUUUUGUUAAUUCCUCUUGCUUUUUUUGUAAUGAAUUUACUUGCUUGGAUGCUGGAUUAUUACGUAAGUGAUGUGAGAUGUAAGUCUGAUAUACAGAGCAAGUUAUAUUAA